AAAUCUUGUAAACAAAGUGAGUUCACAAUUAUUUCAUUCGACUGUGAUGUAAACCGACUUCACUCAAAGCUUCCACUUUUCUGCGGUGCUAUUAAGCUUAGAAAACUUAAAAAUUAUUCAACAUGAAUUUAAAAUGACGGUGCUGUGUUUUAAUGUGAUGUGGAGAUUGUAUAAUUAAAGUUAGUACUACAAAACGACAACAAUGAAUAUCAAUUCGCGGCUCGUGUCGAAGAACUUGUCCCGGUUCAAGUUGGUCACUUUCGAUGUGACCGAUACCUUGUUGAGAUUCUCCCGCCCACCGGAAAUGCAAUACGCAAUGGCAGCUCGCCAUCUCGGAUGCCAGAACAUCGAGGAACAAGCGCUGUCCGUUUGCUUCGGGAAGCAUUUCAAGCGAAUGGCUCGUGAUUACCCUAACUUUGGCAAGGGAUCAAAGUACGACUGGCGUUGGUGGUGGCGAACGCUAGUCAUGGACAUAUUCCGCGAUUCGCAUCGACACCUGAGUGAGGCAAUGCUGGGACGCGUUGCCGAUCAGCUCAUAGAAGACUACGCAACACAAGACUGCUGGACCAAGAUCGAGAUGGCCGAACGUAUGGUGGAUUUGGCGCGGGUCCAUGGCAAACAGGUAGGGAUAAUAUCGAACUUUGAUCCUAGGUUAAGCUACAUCCUGGAGGCUAUGAAGAUUCCGACUGACUUUAUCGUGACGAGCUAUGAUGUGGGGAUUCAGAAACCUUGUCCGGAAAUAUUCGAUUAUGCGUUGAAUCUCUGCAAUCCACCGGUGCUUCCAAGCGAAGCACUGCACUUUGGCAAUACUCCUAAGCUGGACUAUGUUGGCGCGAAACGUGCUGGUUGGGCCAGUAUUUUGGUUAACGUUACUUGCGACGGUCAACAGGGAGUUCUUUCGGAUCCAGAGAUUAAUCCCGGACAUGUGUUUGCGAACUUUGAAGAGUUUAUUCGCGCGUUAGAGACUACUGAAAUGAAGUGGUAGAUUGUUACACAUAUUGUAUUGUAGCUAGAACGGUUUCAUUUCUGCUUGCCGAAGUGUGUACAUAAUAGACUUUACGUUUAGUGUGAAAAUGAAUACAGAUCGCGAGAUCUAA